AUAUGAUCUAGAAAAUACAAAAGUAGUAAAAGAUAAAGGUAAAAGAGGAGAAGAAGAGAGUGAAGUGGGUCAUAGGCACACGUUUUGAGCAGGCAAUUCCAUGUGCCCACAUGGAUAGAGCUUAAUAGUAGAACAAACGAAUGAAGAACAACAAGACGACGACGACGAUGAUGAUGAAUAAUCAAUAAACAUCUCAAAACACAAUCUCAACCCCAAAAAAAUCUCAUCUUUAUUUUCACUUUCUCUUUUUCUCACCAAACCCAUAAUCAAUCAUCAUCCAUAGAUUCUCUCAGAAGAUGAAGGAAACCAGUGAUGGGUUUGUAAGAGCAGAUCAGAUUGAUCUGAAAAGCAUCGAUGAACAGCUUGAAAGACAUCUCAACAAGGUGUUGACUAUUGACAAGAAGAAGCGCGUUGAAGAAGAAGAUUCUUCUGCUGCUUCUGCUUCUGUUUUUGAUCAUGUUCGUGUUCACACCAGCAGUGCAAAUACUUCUCCUACAUCUAUUAAGUUCAAAACUAACUUCAAGAAGCAAAAACAGGAUUGGGAAAUUGAUCCUUCUAAACUCAUCAUCAAAAGUGUUAUUGCUCGUGGCACUUUUGGCACUGUUCAUCGUGGUGUUUAUGAUACUCAAGAUGUUGCUGUUAAAUUGCUUGACUGGGGUGAAGAAGGUCAAAGGACAGAAGCUGAGGUUUCCUCCCUGAGGGCAGCGUUUAUACAGGAAGUUGCUGUUUGGCAUAAACUUGAUCAUCCCAAUGUCACAAAGUUUAUUGGAGCAACUAUGGGAUCUGCAGAAUUGCAGAUUCAAACUGAUACUGGUCUAAUUGGCAUGCCAAGCAAUAUCUGUUGUGUUGUUGUGGAGUAUCUUGCUGGAGGUACACUGAAAUCAUACCUAAUAAAGAACAGGAGGAGGAAAUUAGCUUUUAAGGUUGUCAUACAGCUGGUGCUUGAUUUAGCAAGAGGGUUGAGUUAUCUUCACUCUCAGAAGAUUGUUCACAGAGAUGUGAAGACCGAAAACAUGCUGCUGGAUAAGACCCGCACAGUUAAAAUUGCUGAUUUUGGGGUUGCACGAGUCGAGGCGUCAAAUCCUAAUGAUAUGACCGGGGAGACCGGAACCCUUGGUUAUAUGGCUCCAGAGGUUUUAAAUGGAAACCCCUAUAACAGGAAAUGUGAUGUGUACAGUUUUGGUAUCUGUUUAUGGGAGACAUAUUGUUGUGACAUGCCAUAUCCUGACCUAAGUUUCUCAGAGAUUACUUCAGCUGUUGUUCGCCAGAAUUUGAGACCAGAAAUACCAAGAUGCUGCCCAAGUUCUCUUGCAAACGUAAUGAGGAAAUGCUGGGAUGCCAGUCCUGAUAAGCGGCCAGAGAUGGAUGAGGUAGUUACCAUGCUGGAGGCCAUUGACACAUCCAAAGGUGGAGGUAUGAUCCCUAUUGAUCAGCAGCAGGGUUGUUUUUGCUUUCGCAAGCAUAGAGGACCAUGAAGUUCUAUUCUUUAGUUGACAACAAACAAUUUGGUUUUAGUGGUUUUUCACUAUUUGAAGAAUCAAAUUUGUAUCUAUGGUGAGAAUACAAAAAUUGGAUACUGUAAUGAGAUGAGAGAGAUACACAGUAGCAGGUAUAGGUUGGAGGAAUUGGUGCCUCUGAUUUUCUUUUACUCUUGCCUUUUUUUCUCCACUUGGUUUGAGUUUUGUGGGUAUGGGUAUUAAUUUCAGCCAAUGUUGCCUCCCAGCUGGAUCUUCAUUAUACUAUAUAUUAUAUAUUAUACUGUUGCAAACUUGCAAUCAUAUUUGAUGUGAUUAAAUUGGACCCA